GCCGACCGCCGAGACUUAUUAAUUUCUUUUCCCUCUCAACUUCUGUGUUCGACCUUCUCACCAAAAAAGAAGAAACAAAAUACUUCUGCAUUCGACCGAAGAGAAGCCCAGCCGACAGUCCCACCAACAUUGUCCCAGCAUCCUCCGUUUGAGUAAGAAUCGGCAGCAGAAGCGCUGAGGUUCCAAGUAAGCCAUUCUACUCUUCAAUCAGCCGGUUCUCCUCAACUGAAACAUUUCUUAAUUAUGUUGUGUUUUUUUAUCAAUUUCCUCUUGCAUGUUUGUUCUUCCUUUGUUAAUCACUAGAUUAGAUGCCCGACUGGGCUUUACCUGGCGAAUUUCAGUUUGCCUCCCGAAUUUUCGGCCGAUUUCGUGUUUUUUAUUAGGGUUAGGAAGCUCAGCAUGUUGUUCUUCUUUUUUCCCAGAAUUUUAUUAGGGUUAUUGACUUAUUGUCGUAGACUUAUUAGUUCCACUCCUUGUUUUUAUUUGCAGGGCUUUAAAUCCGUCACAACUCCAAAGAAGAAAUCUGUAAGCAAUCUGUACCAAUGAGUUAUUUGAAUUCCUAAACAUUUUCGUAGGCUCUAGUCAUUGAGUUUUGGUUAAUGUGAGUUUCAUCGUUAGGGAUGAUGGCCGGUGUGACCAUUCUCUGAUGUGGCUGGUGGCAGCUGGCGUAUAUAAUUGUUAAUUUACAUGUUCAUUUUAUUGCAAUAGAUGCUCUGGGCAUGGGAUGUUUGCAUGUUCAUUUUAUUUCUACAAAGGCUGUAGACAUGUUAAGAAAGCCAUAACUUUCCGAGUGAAUUAGUCAGCUAUAGAUUCACCAAAGUAUUGCAUAAUCUGAGUUUGUGUUGAAUAUGAAUGCAUGGGUUUGCUGUUAGUAUUUGCGGAAAUACUUUGCUUAUCGUUUUGUGUUUUUGUUUCCGAUGCCACCUUCAAACUCAAUCAGCUGUAGAGCACCCCCGUCGACGAUGGCCACUGAAGGCGAUGAUAGCUGGUCCUCGAGGAUGAGGAAAGAGUGUGCUAAAAUGGCUGAAGGGGAGCUGGAGAGUUUGAUUGCGAGGCAGCAAAGAAUUUUGGAGAAAGUUGGUCGUAAAUUGCCAGACGGAGGGCGGAAACUCAGGGUUGCCAUUGAAAUCAUGGGACAGGAGCGACAGAUGAGAAAAUCCCAGCGGGAAACUAUGUCCGACGCAUCUACAUAUUAUGGUGAAGCACUUCGUGGUGCUACCGGAAGAUUUGCUGCUUCACAAGAAGGGUUGGAAUCCCUUCGAAAUGAAUUGAACAUAGCAAAACCCGAAAAUUUGGAAUUGAAGUGCAAGGGAUUUGGCAAAGCUGACGCCCAUGUCAAGGUUGAUGAAGAGGAUGUGCAGAUUGCAAGGAGGCAUCGUGAAGAGAAUGGGGUGGUAAGAGUAGUCAAUCCCAAACCGUGGAAAAGACUCCGGCAAGAUGUUGGUGAGGCUCUGGGCUACUCUGUUCGUGCGCACUCUACAAUGGAUAAAUCGAUUAAGAAGACCAUUGAUGCUGUGAAAAUGCUUGGGCAUGCAAUUCAGAAUGAGCCCGUCAUCUGUUUGACUGACAAUGCUACGGAUUAUGACUUUCUUCAUUCAUACAUUCUAGAGAUGACUAGGCUGCAGUACAACUUCACCGAGCACGACUUUUGGGUGUAUUCUAGGGCUGUGUUUGCUAACUUGAAGCAAGCACGAGAUUUUUUCGAGAAGGAGAAUGACCAGGAGAAGAAGACUUGGCUAACGCACUUUGUCUUCAAAUUCAACUUCGCUAAGAAACGUGGGACUCCACCAGCACCGUAUGAUGACUCGGUCUUUCCCGAUGUGAACCGUGACGAGUUUAUAGAGAUGGUGACCAAGUUGUACCCUCUAGGAAAAGACCUGCGGCAACAUUUUCGGGUGUUCAUUGGAGAUAAAGUGAAAAAGAAUUUUUUUAAGCUUCUACCAACCGAUGAGAUAAAAGUAGCCUGGCUCAAUCGAGAUGUGUUAUAUUUUGAGGGAGAUGUUGCUGAAGAUUUGGAUAGCCUGUUGGCAUAUGAAUAUGGCGAUGAUGUCUCGUUCCAUGGUGUUGGUGACCAUCAGUCUUAUGAUGAUGAUGAUGGCCAACAUAUUUAUGACGUGCCUAGUGAAGAUGGUCCACCGAAUGUUGAAGAUGUGCCCUCGGAUGAAGAAGUUGGCCUCGAUACUGAGUUUGAGUGGACGCAUUAUCGAGUAUAGACAUAGGUUAGGUUGUAAGAACUUUUCAAGUAUUCGGUUGAAACAAGUACAAAAGCACUUGCGGCUUGCCGAACUAUUUUGUUAGUGAAUCCCAAGUAUGUUCAAUGUCAAACUAUUUUGCUCUUGAAGCAUGUGCUGAAUCUGAUCUUCUUUAGAGAUUGUUUUAUGGGAUGUCACUCAAGACAUGGAAGCUGUUAAGAAAUAUGCUGAUCCUAU